GCAUUUCAUUUUAUUUUGUUCCCUGAUUUGGCAUAACUGAACAUUAGACAAACGAACGAAUUCUUAGCGUACGAUCGGCUCAUGCCUGUGUGCUUGACAAGGACAGCAAUAUAAUGAAUGAUCGCUAAUGUAUAUCAGUGCAUUUGACAGGGACCACAAUAGUAAAUUAUUGCGAAUAACCAAGUGAACUAAACGUGUGUAGCAACAACAACAAUUUAUUCGCUCAAACUGCAAGAAAGCUCAACUCAAAAUGUCUGCAAUUAGCAGCCGCAAUCAAAAAAUGGAACAACAGCGCCAGCUGAUGGACGCCUACAUACGUCAGAAGCGCGCCUCGCCUGGGAUGGUGCAGGCCAGCGAUCUGCAGAUGAGCCGGCCGAUGUCUGGGAUGCGCAGCAAUAGCCGUGAGCUGCACGGGUACGAUGGGCCGAUGCAGUUCAUUGGCUCGCCACACAAUCCAGAUCAGAUAUUGAGCAACAACAGCACAACAGGUGUUCAUCUAACCAGCAGCCUCAACUCGAGUCGCAACAACUCGAACAACUUGCGCAGCCUUAGCACGAUCAAUCAAGAAGACUUAAUCGAGGAGAUCUCGUCGCAUGAGCUGGAGGACGAUGAGAGCAGUCCGGUGACGGUAGUGGAGCAACCGAUUCAGCCACAGAGCGCCAACUCGAUGCAGUCCCAGCGCCUGCGCAGUGGCCAGCAAUCGUUCAACGAGCCGCUGGACGAAGACGACUAUGCCAAUCGCAACAUAUCGGGCGUGGCCGCAGUGCGUCCCGCCAACAUUGCCUCGCCCUACAAGGACAGCGCCGCCGUCGAGGGCAGCAACGGCACCGCCAACGGCAGCGGCAGCAUCGGCGGCAACGGCGAAUCGGAGGGCGAUGUCAUUGGGAACAUCGAUCAGUUCGUCAUGCAGCCGGCGCCACAGGGUGUGCUCUACAAGUGCCGCAUUACGCGCGAUCGCAAGGGCAUGGAUCGCGGCCUGUUUCCCAUUUACUAUCUGCAUUUGGAGCGCGACUAUGGCAAGAAGAUCUUUCUGCUGGGUGGUCGCAAGAGAAAGAAGAGCAAAACAUCCAACUAUAUCGUGAGCUGCGAUCCCACCGAUCUGUCCCGCAAUGCGGAUGGUUUCUGCGGCAAGCUGCGCUCCAAUGUGUUCGGCACAUCCUUCACGGUGUUCGACAGCGGCAACAAGGAGAGCACUGAGAAUCCGCGCCUCGAUCUGGCCGUCAUUAUAUAUGACACCAACAUUCUGGGCUUCAAGGGACCGCGCAACAUGACUGUGAUACUGCCGGGCAUGACUGAGGACGAUCAGCGUGUCAAGAUCAGCUCAGCGGAUCCCAAGCAGCAGGGCAUACUCGACUUGUGGAAGAUGAAGAACAUGGAUAACAUUGUGGAGCUGCACAAUAAGACGCCAGUGUGGAACGAUGAGACCCAAUCGUAUGUGCUCAAUUUUCACGGUCGUGUCACGCAAGCCUCGGUCAAGAACUUUCAGUUGGUGCACGACUCGGAUCCCGAGUAUAUAGUCAUGCAGUUCGGACGCACAUCCGAGGACGUGUUCACCAUGGACUAUCGCUAUCCCCUGUGCGCCAUGCAAGCCUUUGCCAUAGCUCUGAGCAGCUUCGAUGGCAAAAUCGCCUGCGAGUGAAUCAGAUUGUAAAUGGAAGUCAACUUGGCAUUGAUUGAGAACGCAGUUACGCAUGCCUUAUUAUGCUCGACUAAGCAUACCCUAACUCUAAUUGAAUGCGGUCGUCGUAGAAUGUAAGAAAUAUCAAGAGAGAAGAUCAGAGCAAAGGAGAAACUUGUAUCAGACAUAGGCUAUAUAUAAAACAAACGUUAUUCAGCUGUAAUAAUACAGUGAGUUAUAUAUUAUUUUUCACAA